AUGGCCACGACUGAUAACGGCGACGACGUCGCGGUGAUCCUUGAAGAACAGCGUGAAGAAAUCACGGCGGCGAAGACCCGAGCCCGCGACCACGAUUUGGCUUUUAAUCUCCAGAUGCAGGAAGCCCUAGCCGCUUCUCGAGCAGCCCACACUUCCUCGCCGGAAUCUCCUUCCGCCAGAGACUUGGACGCAGCGACAGUCAAUUUCACCGGCGGAGAUGGUGAAGACGGGGACGAAUUCGACAUCACUUCUCUCAUUCUACAAGACAUUGCCCGAGUCGAUCAGGAGAGGCAAGACCGUGAGUUUGGCGAGCAGGAGAUGAAGAGACUCAAGGUGGAACUCGACCGUCGGAUCCACGAUCAGAAGUUCGCCAAAGAGAUUAUGAACAUCCCUGACGGAGAUUGGAGCAAAGACGGUGACAAUAUCCAUAAACCUUACACCGUCGAGGCCGCUUCGUCUGCCUCUUCGUUCGCAUCCAUUGGUGAUGAGAGCUUUAGAGUGUACUGCAAAGGCUUGGUGAAUGAGGAGAUGAUCGGAGACACGAGAGCCAUGGUUGGUGGUAUCGGCGUGGCCAUCUGUGACUCGGCGGAUAAUCUGAUUUGGGAGGUGAAUAAAGUUUUGGAAGCUGGAGAGACUAAAACCUCACUGAUUGCAGAAAUGGAAGCUCUUGUUCUUGGGUUGGAUGAAGCAUUGACCUUUGAUUUGGGAAGAGUCACGUUUUUCAUUGAUGAUUUCAAGAUCUUCAAUUUUGUGACAGGUAGGGUAGUACCAAGGCUGAGCACUGUAGCAACACUUUUAAACCAAGUGACUCUUCUCCGAGCGAAGUUCACUUAUUGCGAACCAUCUCUCUUGGCAAGAAACGAUGUUAAGUUUGUCUUCAAGCUCGCAAGAGAUGCGAUGGUUUCCCAAAUCAAAUGGCCAGAGGAAACCAGCAAAGGCAGGACUUUCAAGGAAACUUGUGGGAUAUGUUACGAAGGCAUCACCGUCGACAAAAUGUUCUCGGUGGAUGGCUGUUUCCACCGUUUCUGCUUCUCCUGCAUGAAGCAGCACGUUGAAGUGAAACUACUUGAAGGGAAAACGGCUAGCUGUCCGAAGGACCAGUGCCAAUCAGAAGUAAAGAUGGAGUGCUGCGCCAAGUUCUUGGAUCCUAAGCUUGUCGAUGUUAUGAUCCAGCGCAAGAAAGAAGGCUUGAUUAGUGUUUCGGAUAAAGUUUACUGUGCAUAUCCCAAAUGUUCGGAGCUGAUGGUCAAAGCUGAAGUUUUGGAAUAUACCAAACAGUUUUUCGUCGGUGCUGAUCGAUCUGGAGCGAGAAAAUGCAUGAAGUGUCAACUGUUUUUCUGCAUGAACUGCAAGGUACCGUGGCACUAUGACAUCACUUGUGAGGAUUUCAGUAGAUCAAAGGGUUAUAAGAAGGCUGGCGAUGGAAUGUUGAAGUCUUUGGCGCAUAGCAAGCGGUGGAGGCAAUGCGUAAAGUGUAACAAUAUGGUUGAGCUUAUUUGGGGAUGCUACCAUAUAACUUGCAGAUGUGGAUACGAGUUUUGCUACACGUGUGGAGCUGAAUGGAAGUUGAAGAAACCAACAUGUGCGUGUCCGAUUUGGGAUGAGCGCAACAUAAUCCGUAGGCGUCAAAGAUAUUAG